AUGGCAUCGUACGGGGCUUACAAUUCCUACUACUCAGAAGCUAAGAUCAACGAUUUCUCGAGGAAAUUCUCAUCCUUUGCCAACGGCCAACAUUACACGACGGGAAACAACUACCAAGAUAAAACACAAGGCGUGCCGGAAUCCUACAGUCAGGGUCAGGGUCAGUACAUGAUCCGUUGCCUUUCAAACGGCUCGAAUACAUCCCAGAAUUCUUUGUCAACCUUUGGAUCUCCACCGACUCCCGUAACCUUUCCCACCAUGUCCGACUGGCACUCUCACUAUCCACCGUCUGACCAAGUUCAGUAUACUCCGGAACUUGCCUAUGAUCCAGAACAACCAUGGUGGCAAGAGGAGAGCUCCUAUUCUACGGAUUACAUGGAACCUUCGAUCAGCUAUACAAUGUCGCCGACUGAUGGUGUCGACAAUAUGGGUUAUCCCUAUCCAUCGACCAUGUCCAUCCCAAGAACAUCCCCAAUGGUAACGAUGCAGGCUCCAGCUCUGAUGCAGGAAGUCGAGUUGCCCAACACAUCCCACAUGUGUUCGGAGCCAGGCUGCGAAUCCAAGACGUCGUUCAAGCGCAAGGCGGAUCUUCAGCGGCACUGGGAGCAGAUCCACCAGACACCGGAUCAAAAGAGACAGUUCUUUUGCGACUACCCAAAGUGCGAGCGUAGCCACGACUCAUUUGGUCGCAUCGACCACUUCCGCCAACACUAUCGUGACUUUCACAACGAGGACCUACCACGUAAAAGCGGCGAAUCAAUUGAUUGGUACGCGGACAAGAAGCAGUCCGUGUCCCCGCGAACGUGGCGAUGCGUCAAGUGUCUCAGCAAGGUUGUUAUCAAGGACUCUGGCUUCACAUGCAACCAAUGCAAUACGCCUUGCGAGAAGCAGAGGCGAAACAUCAGAGGAUAUCAAUGA